ACGGGGUGCAUCUGAUGCCAGGGUCUCCCCGGGCAGCGCCGCGGUCCCCGUGCCAAGGCGGGGUUGGGGGCGUGGCCUAAGGGGGCGUGUCGACGAUACGGAGCGGCGAUUGGCUGUCUGGCGGCGUGGCGUGGCAGGGGGCGGGGCCUGUCGGGAGUUUCCCACAAUGCCCCGCUGCAGUGCGGCCGCCGAUGGAUGCUGCGCGGCCGCGCUGCCAUUUGCAGCCGCCGCUGCUCGCAGCGCGCCCUGCGGCCCCGGGAGCGCUGUAUCCCCGGCCGCCGCCCCUCAGCGCCUGCAGCCGCCGGCUGUCGCCCGCCUGCCCCCUCCACCUGCUCGGCUCCACUGCCCCACCGCAAUGAACCCCCCCGCCGCAGCCGGCGGGGAGGAGACCGGGGCUGCGGGUGGCGGUGGCUGCCGUGGGGCUGAGGGUGGUGGGGACACGGCGGGUGCCGCCGGGGUCCCGGAGGAGCCGGGGCUGUCGGCAGCGGAUGAGUCGCUAGAGGAGAAGCUGCGGAGCCUCACCUUCAGGAAGCAGGUGUCCUACAGGAAAGCAAUUUCCAGGUCAGGCCUCCAGCACUUGGCUCCUGUGCAUUCUGUCAACAUCGCAGUCUCCAAUGGACCUGUGAAGGAACCAAGGGCAGCCUUAGAGUGGACUGAAAAUGCUGUGAAUGGAGAGCAUCUGUGGCUGGAGACAAAUGUUUCUGGGGACCUCUGCUACCUGGGGGAGGAAAGCUGCCAAGUCAAAUUCUCAAAAUCUGCUCUGCGGAGGAAGUGUGCUGCCUGCAAGAUUGUGGUCCACAACGCGUGCAUGGAGCAGUUAGAGAAGAUUAAUUUUCGCUGCAAACCAACCUUCCGAGAAGGAGGCUCCAGAUCUCCAAGAGAAAACUUUGUCCGCCAUCACUGGGUGCACAGGCGGAGGCAGGAGGGGAAAUGUAAGCAGUGUGGAAAGGGCUUUCAGCAGAAAUUCUCCUUCCAUAGUAAAGAGAUUGUGGCCAUCAGUUGUUCCUGGUGCAAGCUGGCGUUUCAUAACAAAGUCACCUGUUUCAUGCUACAUCACAUUGAGGAGCCAUGUUCCCUGGGGGCUCACGCUGCUGUCAUUGUGCCUCCCACCUGGAUCAUUAAGGUGAAGAAACCUCAGGUGGUCUCCAUACCAGGAGACGAGCCUGAUUGGGCAGGAGACUGGAGCCCCGAAGGGGAAACGGGCGUCUCCUACCCCUAUUGGGAGGGUUGGCAGAACUCAUUAAAGACUUCAACACGGCGAAAGAAGAGAACAUCCUUUAAAAGGAAAGCCAGCAAAAGAGGCAAUGAAGAUAACAAAGGUCGGCCAUUUGUGAUAAAGCCUAUCUCCUCUCCGCUCAUGAAGCCACUGCUGGUUUUUGUCAAUCCAAAAAGUGGAGGGAAUCAGGGCACAAAGGUUCUCCAAAUGUUUAUGUGGUAUUUGAAUCCACGCCAGGUCUUUGAUCUCUCUCAGGAAGGGCCAAGAGAUGCGCUGGAGCUGUACAGAAAAGUGCCAAACCUGCGGAUCCUGGCCUGCGGUGGGGAUGGGACGGUAGGCUGGAUCCUCUCCAUCCUCGAUGAGCUACAACUCAGCCCCCCACCUCCUGUGGCUGUCCUUCCACUUGGCACUGGGAAUGACCUUGCCCGCACUCUCAACUGGGGUGGGGGUUAUACAGAUGAGCCAGUGUCCAAGAUCCUGUGCCAUGUAGAAGAUGGGACCAUUGUCCAGCUGGACCGCUGGAAUCUUCAGGUUGAGCGCAACCCAGAUUUGCCACAGGAUGAGCUGGAGGAUGGGGCACGCAAGCUUCCUCUCAGUGUCUUCAAUAAUUACUUCAGCCUUGGAUUCGAUGCACAUGUUACACUAGAAUUCCAUGAAUCUAGAGAAGCAAAUCCAGAGAAAUUCAACAGCCGAUUUAGAAAUAAAAUGUUUUAUGCAGGGGCAGCCUUUACAGACUUUCUGCAAAGAAGCUCAAGAGAUUUAUCCAAGCAUGUUAAAGUUGUGUGUGAUGGUACAGACCUGACUCCAAAGAUCCAGGAGCUGAAGUUCCAGUGUAUAGUGUUUUUAAACAUACCCAGGUAUUGUGCUGGCACAAUGCCCUGGGGAAACCCUGGAGAUCACAGAGACUUUGAGCCUCAGCGCCAUGAUGAUGGCUACAUUGAAGUCAUUGGGUUCACCAUGGCCUCACUGGCUGCUCUCCAGGUGGGUGGUCAUGGAGAGAGGUUGCAUCAGUGCCGUGAGGUGACACUUUUAACAUACAAAUCUAUCCCCAUGCAAGUGGAUGGUGAACCAUGUCGAUUGGCUCCCUCACUCAUUCGGAUUUCCUUAAGGAACCAAGCCAACAUGGUGCAAAAAAGCAAGAGGAGAACAUCUAUGCCUUUGCUGAAUGAUCCUCAUUCCAUCCCAGAUCGCCUGCGGAUCAGAGUGAACAGGAUCAAUUUACAAGAAUAUGAGGGGCUACAUUAUGACAAGGAGAAACUCCGAGAAGCUUCCAUUCCUCUUGGAAUUAUAGUCGUACGAGGAGACUGUGACUUGGAGACCUGUCGUAUGUACAUUGACCGUCUACAAGAGGACCUGCAGUCAGUAACUUCUACUACACAGAGAGUUCAUUACCAGGACCAGGAAAGCUCUUUCCCCAGAGUACUUUCUGUUCAGAGGCUCUCUCCUAGAUGGUGCUUCCUAGAUGCAACUUCUGCUGAUCGUUUUUACCGCAUUGACAGAUCUCAGGAACAUUUGCACUUUGUGACGGAAAUUUCACAGGACGAGAUUUUUAUUCUGGACCCAGAGAUGGUAAUGUCACAGCAGGUGGGGACACCACCAGGAAUGCCUGAUCUGGUAGUGGAGCAGGCCUCUGGAAUAUCAGAUUGGUGGAACCCUGCAGUCCGAAAGAGGAUGCUGAGUGACAGUGGCCUUGGCAAGAUUUCCCCACACUACGAGGUACCUGACAAACAAAAGGAUGCCAACCAGACACAUAUGCUGCAGUCACCGGUCUCUUCAGAAGAUCAAGCACUUUUACAGGCAGUCAUAGCUGGUGAUCUACUGAAGUUCAUAGAAUGCUGUAAAAAAGGAGCCAAUUUGUUAAUCCAAGGACCCGAUCGCUGCUCCUUGUUGCACCAUGCUGCCAAAACAGGGCAUGGUGAGAUUGUGAAAUACAUCCUGGAACAUGGUCCAUCUGAAUUACUGGACAUGAUAGACAGUGAAACGGGUGAGACAGCAUUACAUAAGGCAGCCUGCCAGCGCCAUCGUGCCAUUUGCCAGCUUCUGGUGGAUGCAGGAGCCUCGCUGAGAAAGACAGACUCAAAGGGUAAGACCCCUCGUGAUAGGGCUCAGCAAGCUGGUGACCCAGAUCUGGCUUCCUAUCUGGAGAGUCGACAAAACUACCAAAUGGUUUCCCACGAGGAUCUGGAGACAGCAGUCUGAUGUCUGAAAAUGUCAAAGAGGAUCCUUGGAAAUCGCAAGGUGCACCUGAGGCACUCGGGCGUCGUGUGAGGAAGAAGCUGAUGGAAUCAACGUGUCUCUCACUCUUGUGGAAAAUACCUGAGGACAUGCCACCAGUUUCUAAGGGCUACUGAGUCUUGCCACGGAACGGUUAGGUUCCAUAAGUUAGCCCAAGAUGAAUAAGGCGGGAUACUCAAAGGUCUGUGGAAUCCAUGGGCCAUGGAAACUUACCUUUAUUGCUUCCAGCAAGUAGCAUGAACUUCUCUCAUGUUCAUCUGUACAAUUUAUUUAAAAAAGAAAAAAAAAAAAAAAGGAAAGAGAAAAAAGGUUGUGGGGGAACCAAACUAACUGGGACAUUAUGACACCCAACCAAGUUUCCUGCAUUCCUUUCUUUCUCCCAUUCCCCUCACUUCUCAUCAGUUAAAUAGUACCUGUUAUCUCUGUGUUAAGUCUUCACAAAUGGUCAGGCAGUAGCAAAAAAAUUCGAGGAGCCCUGGAUGCCCUUAGGAAAAACCCAGUGUUUUUACUGGCUGCAUUCCCUCCCUUGCUGUCCUCUUGGAAAUUG